AUGGGUUCGCGUACGUACGAAGAGGUGAUAAGCGAGCGUCCAGACUUUGCGGCGAACGAGACGGCGAUUUUAGAGUACUGGAAUACACAUUCGUGUUUCGAGCGUUCAAUAGAGUUGUCUUUGGGCAAGCCAGCUUUCAAUUUCUAUGACGGGCCUCCAUUUGCUACAGGGUUACCUCAUUAUGGCCACAUUCUGACGGGUGCGAUAAAGGACGUGGUGACUCGUUAUGCUCAUCAGACAGGGCAUCACGUUGAACGAAAGUUCGGUUGGGAUUGCCAUGGUCUACCUGUGGAGUACGAGAUAGACCAGAAGUUGGGUGUGCGUUCGCGCAAUGAUGUGAUUGAGAAAAUAGGUAUCGCUAAUUACAAUGAGGAGUGCCGUGGCAUUGUAAUGAAGUAUCAGACUGAAUGGAAGAGUACAGUGGAACGGAUGGGACGGUGGAUUGAUUUUGACAAUGGUUAUAAGACCAUGGACUUGUCCUUUAUGGAAUCUGUUUGGUGGGUGUUCGGUCAGUUGUUUGAAAAGGGACUUGUGUACAAAGAUUUCAAAGUCAUGCCGUUCAGCACUGCGUGCUCUACACCUUUGUCCAACUUCGAGGCCGGUCAAAACUACAAAGAUGUCAGCGACCCCAGCAUCAUCGUUUCCUUUCCCUUACGCCUAUCCACCGAGGCUUCUCCGGCCGAGACAGCCGCCAUCGCGCGAUUCAACGCUACAGAGCUGCAGCUCAUCACCGGCUCGGAAUUCUUAGCCUGGACCACCACACCCUGGACCCUACCGGCCAACAUGGGAUUGACAGUACACCCGGAGCUUGAGUACGGCCUGUUCCAGGUGAUGGAGACAGGCCGUAAAUUUUGGGUUGCUGAAUUGUUAGCGCCGCAAGUUUUGGCCCAACUUAAGCUUACUAAGACGAAGUCUGCGACGAAGACGAAGUCUGCGACGAAAACGAAGUCUGCGAGUAAGACGAAGGACAAAGAAAGCGUCAGGAAGGAGACGACACCGGGGAAGCAGAUGGACACAUCUGCCGUGGUAGCUGUUGAUGUGCCGAAGUACAGUUGGUUGUUACGAGGUGUGUUAGGUGCGCGAUUGUCGGGUUUAUGUUAUGAGCCGAUGUACGAUUGCUUUUCGCGAAAGUCUUACUGGUCAGGUCGUGCUUGGCGUGUGAUGGUAGAUGGUUAUGUGACGGCUGAGAGUGGUACAGGUAUAGUGCAUUGUGCACCAGCGUUUGGAGAGGAUGAUGCGCGUGUGGCAUUGUUGUAUGGAGUGAUAGAGAAGGGUGGUGAGUCACCAUGUCAUGUGGAUGACGGGGGUUGUUUGAUAGAGCCAGUAGAUGAAACGUUGUUAGGUUUACAUGUAAAGGAUGCAGACAAAGUUAUUCGUUCGGAACUUAAGAUUCGAGGACGUUUAUUAUUUGAUGGUUCUAUAGUACAUAGUUAUCCACAUUGUUAUCGUUCGGAAACACCUUUAAUAUACAAAGCUGUACCAUCAUGGUUUGUGAAUGUUGAAAGAUUAAAAGACAAAUUAAUUAUUAAUAAUCAAGAAACACGUUGGAUACCACCACAUAUACAAGUAAAACGUUUCCAUAAUUGGCUUGCAGACAGUCGAGAUUGGUGUGUGAGUCGUAAUCGAUUUUGGGGAACACCUAUACCACUUUGGGUAUCAGAAGAUGGUAAAAUUAUAAAGUGUAUAACCAGUCGUGAAGAACUUGAAGCAUGUACAGGAAAAUGUAUAAAUGAUCUACAUAGACACUUUAUUGACCAAUUGACGAUACCUGAUCCUCGUAAUAAUGAGACUGAGAAGUAUCCACCAUUGCAUCGUGUGGACGAAGUUUUCGAUUGUUGGUUUGAAUCAGGUUCGAUGCCUUAUGGUUCUAAACAUUAUCCAUUUGAAAAUAAAGAGAAUUUCGAAAAGUCAUUCCCAGCGGACUUUGUUGGAGAAGGAUUAGAUCAAACCCGUGGAUGGUUUUAUACUCUAUCAGUAAUCAGUUGUGCAUUAUUUGGUUCUGCACCUUUUAAGAAUUUAAUUGUAAAUGGAUUAGUAUUAGCACAAGAUGGUAAGAAGAUGAGUAAGCGUUUAAAGAAUUAUCCACCACCAGAUGAAAUAUUUAGUAAAUAUGGUGCUGAUGCUCUUAGAUUAUAUCUUAUUAAUUCACCUGUAUUAAAAGCUGAAUCACUUAGAUUUACAGAAGAUGGUGUAAAAGAUAUUUGUAAAAAUAUUCUACUACCAUGGUAUCAUUCCACACGAUUCCUUUGCCAAGAAAUUACUCGUUAUGAAUUAAGUAUUGGUAAACGUUUCAUACCUUAUCAUCUUGAUCAAUUGACAACCGGGGGAUUGACAACCGGGGGAUUGACAACCCGUGAAUUGACAACCGGGGAACAUGAUGAUGAUGAUGAUGAUGAUGAGUUGAAUGAGUUGGAUUACUGGAUAAUAUCAAAGGUUAAUUCAUUGGUGAGUUAUGUUACAGCUGAAAUGAAUAAUUACAGAUUAUAUACUUCAUGUCAUCAAUUAUUACAAUUUAUGGAUCAAUUGACAAAUUGGUAUAUUAGACUUAAUCGAGAACGUAUGCGAGGUGGUGGUGGUUCGAAUCCUCUUAUAUCCCUCUCGGUUCUAUAUCAUGUAUUAUUUAUACUUACUACUCUUAUGGCACCAUUUACACCAUUCAUGUCAGAAUAUCUUUACCAACAACUUAAGAUUAUAAAUUCAGAUAAUAAUGUGAUGGAUUCUAUACAUCAUUUAAUGUUUCCUAAAGUUAAAGAAGAACUUAUAAAUCAACGAUUGGAAGAAAAAAUAUCAAGUCUUCAAAAUAUUAUUAUUUUAGGACGACAAUUACGUGAUCGUAAACAUAUAAGUAUGAAACAAUGUCUUAAACAGAUUAUUAUAAUGUCUGGUAAAUAUGAAUUAAUAAAAGAAUUUCAAACAUCAUCAUCAUUCCAAAAAUAUAUCAAACAAGAAUUAAAUACUCUUCAAAUACUAUUCAAAUUAGAGAAUGAUCAUAUCAAAUUAAGUGCUCUACCAAACCUACGAUUACUAGCAACAAAAUAUGGCAACAAACUCGCUACCUUAGGACCAGCUAUCAAAAAACUAACACAUCAACAACUAUGUCAACUAGAAAAUAACGGAUCAAUUCCCAUCGAUCCUCAAAUCAUACUACUACCAGAAGAUCUACUCAUCAACAGAACACCUGUGGGCUUCAACGAUGAUGAUAAAACCGCCGUCGAAUGCGCUUCAGAUGUUGUCAUGGUUGCUGACUUGGAACAAACUCAAGAACUGAAACAAAAAUAUUACUGUCGAGAAAUUGUCAACAAACUUCAAAAAUUACGUAAGGAGGCCGGAUUAAAAGUUGAAGAUAACGAAAAUAUUGCCUUUAUCAAAUCCGAAAUACUUAUUGAUCUAGAAGAAAUGCUCAAAUCCACUUUCAAACGGGAACUAAAAAUCAUACAGACACAGCCCUCCUUACCGAUUCUGGCUCAGGCAGAGAUCGAAUUAGAUGACAAUUCCAUCGUUAACAUUUUUAUAUGCUCCAAAUAA